AUGGACGACCAAUUUGGAGGCCGCACAGACGACGACCUCUUCUUUGACGACUUUGAGCCUGUAAGCAAUCCCCAGGCCAUCGAGACAGUCGAAACCGUCGUCGCCCCUCCUCCCGCCGCUGUCGCGACGCCGCCAGUCGAGCCACCAAAACCAGCACCAGCGCCCGCGCCCGUCGCGCCCAAGGCUGCAGAGCAACAGCAGCAGAAGCCGCAAAAGCAAGCCCCGGCCAACAAGAAACCCCCCACGGCGCCGAGGGGUGGUCUCGCAAACUCCAGAUUCGCCGACCCCAAGCCGGCCCCUGCUGCCCCGCGCGGCCCUCGCCAGGCAGCCCCCGCCGCCGUCUCGACUCCCCCUCCGGCCGCGACCGCGACCGCGACCAAGCCGCCCACCGGUCCCGCGGCGCAAAACUCACCUGCCCCGGCCGUUGCACCGACUGCCCCUGCCGCCGAUGAUGCUGCUGUCGCCCCUCCCCCGGCGGCCGCAGCCCCGAGCGACGCGGCCUCUCCCAAGAGCAACUCGCCCGCUCCGGCAGCAGUACCUCACGCACCCCGCGAAAAGAACGCCGCCGCCGCUCCCGGCGCAAACACAGCCCUCAACGCAGAAGCCCGCCUCGGCUCGGGCGCGAACCCACGUACCAAACUAAGCGAAUCCCAACUCGCCGCCAAAAUGGAACAGAUGCGCAUCCUCAACGCCGAAAAGACGCGCAAGUUCGAGCAGGCGGAGCAGGACGAGCGCAGCCACGCGGAGGCCUACGCGCGCGGCAUGGAGGAGGCGCGGCAGCGCAAGAAAGCCGACGAGGAGAGGCGGCGGCGCGGCGAGGAGGAGCGUCGGCGCAUGGACGACGAGCGCGCCAAGAACCGCGAGAGGAAGCUCAAGGCGAUGAGUAUCAAGGAGGGCGGGUGGGACGAGGGCAAGGAGGCGCUCGCUGCUGAGGAGGAGAGGAGGGGGUUCCGGGGCGCGAAUGGCGGGGUUCGGGGGACGAGGUCUGCGGGGCUUGCCGGGAGCCGGUUUGCUUCGAGGGAGGAUGAGGCGCCGCAGGGUGAUCGGUAUGCUGGUGGUGGUGAAGAGCGGAGAGGUGGUAGGGGCCGUGGAAGAGGUCGUGGGCAGGGGCGGGGUGGACGCGGCGGUCGUGGCGGGUAUGGGAAUGACCAUGAACGGGGGGAUUCGAAUGGCGCUCGGGAAGCUAAGGCUCCUGCCGCCCAGGCUCCCGCACCGGCGCCGGUCAUCAGCACCGAGGAAUUCCCUGCCCUGCCUGGUAAGGCUACGAGCGGUGCCAUUUCGCCCCCUGUCCUGUCGCCUCUUGGUAGGUGGGACGACGAGAUGGAGGCCUUUGACGAGAAGCUCAAGAACGCCGCCGCGCAGUCUUCUUCUUGA